UAUUCCAAGAUGGCGGCAAACAGUAUAGUAAAAACCAUCUCCGAAGAUUCCUUGUUCAAACCAGAACUAGUCAACGCAGGAACAAAACUAGUAGUUGUUGACUUCACUGCUUCAUGGUGUGGACCAUGUCAAAGGAUUGCACCUGAGGUUGAGAAACUCAGUAGAAAGUAUCCAAAUGUUGUCUUCUUGAAAGUAGAUGUUGAAGUAUGUCAGGAAACAGCAGCAAAGCAAGGUGUAUCAGCCAUGCCUACCUUCCAGUUUUUCAAGAGCCAAACAAAAGUAGACGAAAUGACAGGUGCCGAUCAUAUGAUGCUAGAAAACAAGAUUAAGCAAUGGAAGGGUGAUGACGGAGAAGAAGGGGGAGGAUGUGGAGUCAAAGGACAUGUGGAUCUUCACAGCUUUAUUAAUAAGUCUGGUUGUGAGUCUCUUAAUGAGGAUAACGAGCAUACAUUGGCAGAUGCGCUGAGCAAAGGACCUGCUUACCUUCAGAGUGAUUGUGAUGAACAGCUCCUGUUCACGAUAGCAUUCAACCAACCUGUGAAAAUUCAUUCAAUCAAGCUCCAGGCCCCAAAUGAUGGAAAAGCGCCAAAAACUAUCAAGCUUUUUAUCAACCAAACAAAAACCCUUGAUUUUGAUUCAGCAGAACAGUUCACUCCAAUACAAACCUUAGAAUUAACAGCGGAUGAUGUGAAGGAUGAUUCUAUAAUUCAACUCAAAUAUGUCAAAUUUCAAAAUGUACAAAAUAUGACAAUCUCAGGAAAGAAAGGCGAAAGUCACUAAAUACAGAACAAGACACCAAAUAAAGAACGAGAUCACAAGUUAGAAUUGUCAUCUUCUAGCAAAUAUGCUUAAGAAAACAUGCCUUAGCCACAAUUUAGUUGGUACAACUUGCAGUAAACAAGUUCGAUUUGCGCUCUCCUGCAUAAGCUGGCAAAAGUUACUUUCUGAAGCAACAAGGGUUUUAAAAACAAGAAGCCUUGUAUUGUGUUUAGUGUUCGUGUUAAAUAACUUUUGUUAUUACUUUUUCCUAAAAAAACCUUCACCUUGAAUGAGAGCAAUAAAACAGCCCUGAGCUUUUGGAUAUUUUAUUAGCUGAAUUAAGUUUAUCAUUUAAAAAAACACUAGUUUACUAAGAAAGUAACGUUUAUUUGAAUCCAACUUGAGAUUACUGAAAUACUGGAGUGCAUCGUGGGACUGUGUGAGGGACAGAUUUCGAAGAUGACAUUAGUCCCACAAUUCAUCGCAAUGUCAACUCUUUCCAGUUUUCCGAGCCUGUUUACAUUGUUUUUACAGACAUCACAAAAUUUUACAGUACUAUGUAAAACUGCAAUUUAACUGUAAAUUUAAUUAACUGUGUAUUUUGACAUAAUUGUUACAUGAAUUUUACGAGCUAAAUUUUUGCUAGUGUAUAUUGGGCUACCUGUGGAUAAAAAUUUUCAAAACACUUUCACCUGUCCGUAAAGUCGCUCAGAACUUUUAUUUCAAAAUGAAGAUUCACUGCUACGCUUCGUUUUACAUCCUUUUGGGAGCAGUAAUUCCUUCAGCAGCGGAGUUCAAUUCAUUUAGAAAAGCCGAUUUUGGAUAUGCCGCUUUUCGUCGCUUCCAGAACAGCAAACUCCACUCGAACGACACCGCUACCUUAUAUGUCGACAACUUGAAGCAGUGCGCUGUCGGUUGUACAUUAAACCUGAUAUGCCAGUCCUUUAACAUCGGAGUACAUCCUGUUUUGAGUGGACAGAAAUACGUCUGUGAAUUAUUACCCGUUGAUAAGUUUAGCAACUCAUCGAGUUUUGAAAACUCCAACCCCAACUUUUCUCACUACACCAUUCAAGGUUCCUCUACCUAGACAACAGGACGACUAGAACAUUCCUUCCUACGUCAGAAUAUCGCACAGAAAAGAAACGAAAUAGCAGUACAGCUAUGGAUCGAAUAACGCGGCUUUGUUUUCACUAGCGACGCACGUUUUUUAUUUCAUUGCGCAGAGACUCAACGCCUGUGUUCCCGUGGAAAAAUCGUUUAUAUAUCGAUGAAGCAGGCGUUGAAAAAAAAUGCAUAAUGUGCACUCAAGAAAAUACUAAAUAAAAUGCUACCUGAUUCAA